AUGGCCUGCCAGCAUCUCCAACCAUGUGAGCGGCCAAAGGCCAUCAACGUGCUCAAGGCUUACGUUCAUUUGCUGAAGCCCUCAGUGCAAGCAGCGCACGCGGCCAACACACUGGGCAAUUCCUCCAUCAACGACGACGAUGUGAUGGCGCGUGCAACCGCCAGCGCCGACUUACACCACCCCACAUCGUCGCUGCACCAGCAUGCGCACUCCCCUCCACCGGAUUUGCUCGAGCCCGCCUCCUGCCACCUGUUUGGGAUUGAUGGGCUCAGCGAUCUCCUGCCGCCCGCACACAGCGAGCCCCCGUCCAGGGCCCAGAGCGCCACUCCGCACGCAUCCGACAUGUCGUCGCUUCUCGCCUUCCGCACGGACAGUAACAGCAACAGCAGAGCCGCCCCCGCUGCCUUUGGAGGUGGCAGUGGGGGCGGGCGGUCGUGGUCCCCACCGGUCGCCUGUGACACGUGUAACGUCGCAGAACAGCACAUGACGUUCAUCUGUCUUGACUGCGUCCACAUCACCUGCCUGCACCAUUACGCGGACCACAUGCAUCAGUCUGGCCACAGCUUCUUCCUCGCCCCAGAUCACCGCCAGCUCUUCUGCGCCAGCUGUGCCGAUUUCACAUACAGCGAUAUUGUCGCACACGCCAUCGAAGUUGCAACGCUGUAUUUGGCGAAGGAUGUGCCGUACAACCUGUGCGAUGACACCGUGUUGCAGACCUGCAGCCGCUACAACUCAGAUGGGUGUGCAAAGACGGCCUGCGUGUGUUUUGCACAACAAGCAACGCUGACAGCGGGGCAGGGUCAGAUACAAGCGCAUCCCUGCACCAUCAUCAUCACCACCAUCACCAUCACCAGCAUCAACAGCACCGUGCUGAUGAGUACGAGGCACCGGUGA